UGCACGUGCAUACGUACUCGUUUGGUACUCAACCGCACGUUCAUAACCGAAUGGUUGCUGACAUCUACAUACGAGUGUUGGUGAUAUUAAAGAACCAUUUACCCAACGAUUGUUGGUUACACGAGUGCAAAGUACUUCAAUAUUCACAUCACUAAGCAUGAGUCGGCAAAUGUCAUUUUUUGAUGUGUAAAAACAAAAGUAGAGGAUUGUCGUGUGUUCGAAUUCCUUUCGUUAAAUAUUAUUUCUGUUAUUAACUAUUAAUUAAAGUAAAAAAUGAAGCUGCAAAUUAAAACAUUGAGCCAAAAAUCAAUAAUAGUCGACAUUGAUCCGUCGAAGACUGUGUUUGAGCUGAAAAAGGAGUUGUCUCUGUAUCCAGACGUUGGCGUUAGACCUGAGCUGCAAAAACUCAUUUAUGCCGGUAAAAUUCUUUUUAACGAGCAACCAUUGAGUGCUUACAAUAUAGACGCAAAGAAAUUUCUUGUUGUAAUGGUACUGAAGCAACCAGAAGAACUUGGUUUUGAUUCAGCUCCUACGGGUGCUGGCACUUCAAUAUCUGCUGCUGGUGAUGCUGCCCUUGCAAGGGCUGCGGCAGGAGCUACACAAGCCAAAGCAAAGGAGCCUGAAUCAAGUACUGCAACUCAAGCAACAUCACCACAACCUUCAACUCCAGUGCCAGCUCCAGCUCCAGCUCCAGCUGCAACUGCGACAGCUGUCCCAGACACUCCGGUCGCAACUCCACAACCUGCAGCUGCUGAUCCACAGCCUGUGCAGCCUGCCCCGCCCACAAGUGGAGCGAAUGAUGAAAUGGUAACAAAUAUUGUCAGCAUGGGUUAUCCAGAAGUAGAAGUGCGUCGUGCACUAGCCGCUAGUUUCAAUAAUCCAGAACGCGCUAUUGAAUAUUUAAUUGAAGGUAUACCCGACUCGGUGCUAAUGCAGCCAGAAGAUGCAGUUUUGUAUGGUGGCGACAGUGAUGCUGAUGCGGGCAUGUCGCCAUUUGAAAUGUUUCGCAGUGAUCCACUGUUCCGAAAUUUACGUCGUGCCAUUCAACAGCACCCAGAGCUUAUUAACGAUGCCAUACAACGAGUUGGCGAAGCAAAUCCCGCAAUACUACAACUUAUCAACGAAAACCAACAGGAAUUUCUCAGCUCGCUUAUUGAGGGUUCAGACGACGAUGACGAUGAUGACGAAGUGGCACCUGGUGGCGGUGGCAACUAAUUGUAUAUGUGAAUUUGGGUUCUGAAUUCUAUAAAAAAAAAAAAUAAUUAAAUUGUAAACUCAUGACAUUGUACUGGAUAUAUU